GCUGACGAUGCCAAACAGAGAAAACGUGGCGGUUUUCUCAGGUUCCAAGCAAGCACAAACUCACAGCGCUAUUCCUCGUUUGCGCAAUAUAUCAAACACCUUCGCUGCAAUUAUUCCCCACGCCAUCAUCAUCCAUAUGGCCUCUUCGUAAUCCUCUGCCGCUAAUACCAUGCGCCCACCGCCGAUGAGGAAUGCCUUCGCCACUCUCAAGCGUCACCGCCACGCCUCUCUGCUUUCCCCUUCCUUACACUAUAAAAGCACUAUAGAGAUCGUAUUGCCGAAAUGUGGAUCAUUGAGAUUUCAGAAAGAUUAUUAUACUGGGAGGAGUUCAGAUAAUUGGUUUCGCUAUUACUUGUUGCUAAAACAUUCAUAUUCCACUAGUUUCACCAGUGUGCACGGCGAAAGGCCGUCGGCGGAGUACGCAAAGUUGAGGAAGGAAUCGCUGGAAAGUGAGUUUGGACAAACUCUAGGGACUUAUAGCUCGAAAAGUUUUUCCACUGUCUACCGUUUUGGUCCAUUUUUGGCUUUGUAUAGAGCAGCAAUCGUUUCGUUCCAUGUUGUGAAGCUAUCCAUCUGGCAAUUAUUCAUAUGGGAUAACAAAAAACGUGCCAUCAAGUUUCGAGAAACUCUAAUCCGGUUGGGACCUUUCUACGUGAAGCUUGGGCAGGCUCUUAGCACUAGGCCUGAUAUACUCUCAACUGUAUACUGCGAGGAGCUUGCUAAGUUACAGGAUCAAAUACCCCCAUUUUCUACUCAAGUUGCAAUUAAAUCGAUAGAAACCCAGUUAGAUGUUUCCAUUUCAGAGAUUUUUGCUGACAUAAGUGCAGAGCCCAUUGCAGCAGCAUCCUUAGGGCAGGUCUAUAAAGCUCAUCUGCACUCAGGAGAACUGGUAGCUGUUAAAGUACAAAGACCUGGUAUGUCGAUGUUGCUAACCCUUGAUGCCUUAUUAUUCCAUAUGAUUGGUGGCCAAUUGAAGCGUUUUGCCAAGGCCCGCAGAGAUCUAUUUGUAGCAGUGAAUGAGGUGGUUAGACACAUGUUUGAUGAAAUUGAUUAUAUCCUAGAGGCAAAAAACGCUGAGCGAUUUGCCUCUUUAUAUGGUUUAUGCCCUUCUGAUGGCCAAAAGAGCUAUCAAGAAGCUACGCCGGGAGAAACCAUCAAAUAUCAUAAAGGAGAUCGUGUUAAGGUUCCAAAAAUAUAUUGGAACCUCACUCGGAGGGCUGUGCUUACAAUGGAAUGGAUUGAUGGAAUUAAGCUUACUGAUGAAACUGCCCUGAACAAGGCCUGCUUGAACCAAAGGGAGCUAAUUGACCAGGGAAUGUACUGCUCUUUGAGACAAUUGCUUGAGGUGGGCUUUUUUCAUGCUGACCCACAUCCAGGAAAUCUUGUUGCCACUGAAAGUGGCUGUCUUGCCUAUUUUGAUUUUGGAAUGAUGGGUGAUAUUCCUCGACACUACCGUGUAGGACUCAUAAAAAUGCUUGUGCACUUUGUUAAUCGUGACUCACUGGGUUUGGCAAAUGACUUUCUUUCUUUGGGAUUUAUUCCUGAAGGGGUGGAUAUACAAUCAGUUUCGGAUGCGUUGCAAGCAUCAUUCAGUGAGGGGACUAGACAUUCUAAAGAUUUCCAGGGAAUCAUGAACCAGUUGUAUGAUGUCAUGUAUGAAUUCAACUUUUCUCUUCCUCCCGACUAUGCCCUGGUCUUAAGAGCACUAGGAUCACUGGAAGGCACUGCUAAGGUUCUGGAUCCUGAUUUUAAAGUCGUUGAGAGUGCAUAUCCUUUUGUGAUUGGGAGACUUCUAGCAGACCCGACUCCUGAUAUGAGGAGAAUUUUAAGGGAGCUUCUAAUCCGUAAUAAUGGAUCCAUUAGAUGGAAUCGGCUAGAGCGCCUUAUAGCAGCGAUAUCGGAACAAGCUUCUGAAUCUGCUGAGGAGCCGCCUGAUUUGAAGGAGAAUAAGCAAAAUCCUCUGGGAUGGAAAUAUUUUGACAUGCAUUCUGUUGUUUCUGCCACUGAAGACCUUUUGCACUUUAUUCUGUCUGAAAAGGGUCAGAGGGUGCGCGUUUUCCUUCUACGAGAUAUAAUUGACGCUGCCGAUGCUUUUAUCGAUGAUGAAGUCGUUGAUUGCGUGUUAAAUGACAAGCCUAAACAAAGAGUGUCUGAGGAACAUGACAUGGUGAGGAGGGUUGUCAAUGGGUUCCAGCGACUCCGUGAAGCCGUAAAGUUGGCCCCAGAAGUCUGGACAGCAAUGUUUCUGCGAUUGGCAGUGAAACGUGAGGUUCAUUCGUUUGCACUAGACUUACUUUCAGCUCUGAUAAUCCAUUUUAGCCGCAAAAUUCCGGAAGCUUCUUGGAUCUGUUUGUCAAAAAUUCUGCAUGAGUUGACGAAAAGAAACAGCUCUGUUGAAUUGUGAUUAGCAGUAGUAGCCCCGAUUUUAAAAAAAAAAAAAAAAGUUUUGUUUUUUUAUUUUUUAUUUUGUUUUUCCCUCUCUUCUAUUUCAAUGAAGGGGAAAUUUGGCGAUUCAUUUUUGUUGAGGAAUUUCAAGAUUUUGUAUAGAACGUAAUUAGAUUUCACACACAGCCAAACAAAACGGACUGCAAAAGCAACGGAUAGGCUUUCAUAACAAUAAAACGCCAUCUAGUGUGAUGGCUUAUUGUGGUGA